AUGCCCCCAGGGAACUGCACAGUGGUGACGGAGUUUAUAUUCCUGGCCUUUCCCACCCACCCAGAUCUUCAGACCCUGUUCUUCAUGAGCAUCAGCCUGGUCUUCACAGCCACUGUGACAGGGAACCUGCUCAUCCUGGUGGCGAUCCGGGGGGACGCCUGUCUGCACACCCCCAUGUACUUCUUCCUGGAGGGCCUGUCCAUCGUCGAGCUUGGCUAUGCUGCAGCCAUCUUCCCACAGAUGCUGGUGAAUGCCCUGCAGGAGAGGAAGAGAAUCAGCUUUGGGGGCUGUGGGGCCCAGGUGUUCUUCUUUCUUGGUCUGGGCAGCUCAGAUUGCUUCCUGCUGGUGGCCGUGGCCUAUGACCGGUACGUGGCCAUCUGCCAUCCAUUGCACUACAUGCUCAUUAUGAUGUGGCGGCUCUGCCUGUGGCUGGUGGCCACUUCGCUGGCCCUUCGGGGGCUGCUCUCCCUUCUGAUCGUGGGUCUGAUCUUCCACCUGCCCUUUUAUGGCUCCAGUGGGGUCAACCAUUUCCUUUGGGUUGUCAACCAGGUGCUGAAGCUGGCCAAGACCGACACCCACUCCUAGGAGAUUGCCUAGUUCAUCGUCAGUGUCCUGAUAGUCAUCCUCCCCUUCCUCCUGAUCUGUGUCUCCUGCGUCUACAUUAUCACUACCAUCCUGCGCUUCCACUCAGCCAAGGGCCGGCGCCGCGCCUUCCACGCCUGCUCCUCCCACCUCAUGGUGGUGCUGCUGCAGUACGGCUGCCUCCGCCUGGUCUACUUGCACCCAAAAGGCAGCUGGUCGGAUGACCUGGACAGGUUGAUCUCACUGGGAUACACAUUUGGAAGUCCCAUCUUCAUCUUCAACCCUUUGAUAUACAGCCUGAGAAACAAGGAGCUCAAGGAGGCCAUUGCAAAAGUCCUCAGGAGACGCACAGGUUAA